AUUCGAAUAGACGUGUAUCUUCCCCGGUAUGCGGAUUGGCUUCGCUCGAGGUCUGCUGCCCCAAGAGUCUACACGAACGAGAAAGGCGAAGAACGCUUGUUGAUCUUGGACGAUGAGCCUAGUGGUGGGCGUCCUGUUGGCCCUCAAUACUGGGAUCGGGAUGAGAAGCUCAAGUUCAUGGACCAGCAUGGUAUCGACAUCUCAGUCGUCAGCUCUGCCAACCCAUGGCUAGACUUCCUUCCACCAUCCGAAGCCCACGAACUCGCACUUGGGUUGAACGAUGACCUGGAGACAUACUGUGCUACUGGCCCGGCAUUCUCUGAUUCCUCUAUCCAGCGACUAUACGGCCUCGGGCUCCUCCCUCUCGUUCCCGGAAUCUCCAUCCCAAAAGUGCUCGAAUGUGUGGCCCAGAUCGCUGCCGCACCUCACUUGAAGGGUUUGAUCAUGGGCACGAAAGGCAUCGGUAAGGGUUUGGACGAUGAUGCCCUCGAUCCCGUCUGGAAAGCCAUCGAGGCUGCGGGUCUCCUCGUUUUCCUUCACCCGCACUACGGCGUAGACAGUUCGGCCUGGGGCGAAAAAGACAACGGUCACGUCCUUCCUCUUGCCCUCGGCUUCCCCGUCGAAACCGCCGUCGCCGCGACCCGUUUCAUCCUCUCCGGCGCAUUCGACAAAUACCCGUCCCUCAUCAUCCUCCUCGCCCACUCCGGCGGAGCUCUCCCGGCCCUCUCCUCCCGCCUCGCAUCCUGCAUAGACCACGACCCCAUCGUCGCCGACCGUCUCAAACACGACGCCCGCUACUACCUCGGUAAAUUCUACUUCGACGCCGUCGCCUACGGUCCCGAAGAGCUCGGAUUCGUAAGCGAAACGGAUCGGAAAGUGGGGAGUCUGAAGAUGUUGUUCGGAACGGACCAUCCGUUUUUCCCGCCGUUGAAGGGACAGGUGAAGUGGAAGAGCGUGGUUGAGAAUUUGGAGGCUAUUAGCGAAGUGAGUGGAUGGGGCGAGGCGGAGAAGAAUGCGGUGAGGGGUGGAAAUGCGUUGAGGAUCUUUGGGUUGGGGCAGUGA